AUGUACCUUAAAUCCGGUCGGACACCAAUCCACAAACUGGAUGCUUCUCUUCGUCUUGAUCGUCGCAAUAGCAGCAUUCACAUCUUUCGGCACAACGUCUCCACGGAACAAAAGACAAACGGCCAUAUACUUUCCAUGUCGUGGAUCACACUUGACCAUCUGAUUAUGCGGUUCGAAGCACAUAUUGGUGAUUUCAGCGACGGAAAGUUGUUCGUGAUACGCCUUCUCGGCAGAAAUGACCGGAGAGAAUGUGGCCAACGGGAAAUGGAUUCGGGGGUACGGUACCAGAUUUGUUUGGAAUUCUGUCAAGUCGACGUUGAGUGCUCCGUCGAAACGAAGAGACGCGGUGAUCGAGGAGACGAUUUGACCGAUGAGACGGUUCAAGUUGGUGUAGGAGGGACGUUCGAUGUCAAGGUUGCGACGACAGAUGUCGUAAAUUGCCUGUAA